GACCAGCUGAACAACAUCAAUCAAGCUCUCCACGCCACGCUCGAUCCUCGCGUUUCCAACGAGGUCCGCCAGCAAGCGCUCGAAUUCCUCGAACAAGUCAAGCACCAACCCGCCGCGCCCCACCACGGCUUCACCCUCGCAGACGACUGGAAGCAAAACGAUGCGGUGCGAUACUACGGCCUGCAGCUGCUGGAGCAUGCCGUGCGCCACCGAUGGCCGGAAUACACACCCGAUCAAACGACGCAGUUGCGGACGUGGGUGAAGUGUCUUGCGGGCAGCAUCCGCGAGCAAGAUGUGCUGUACAUCCGGAACAAGAUUGCUCAGCUGUGGGUGGAAGUGGCGAAAAGAUGCUGGGGCGACGAAUGGGUGGACAUGGACGCUUUGCUCGUCACGCUGUGGGACAAGCCGCUGACGGAGAAGGGCACGGCGAACAAGAUCCUGGUGUUGUAUGUGCUGGAGAUUCUCAGCGAGGACAUCAUCAACAACGAAGAUGCCGUUGCUGGACUGCGGUUAGACGUACUAGGAGACUCCUUGAACGAAAUCAUGGUGCCUGCCGAUCUGUACGCCGAGAUGGGAGUACCCAAGGCUGGAAGGGAGCUGGUACGGUCUGGAAACGAGGGAUGGCUGGCGAGGGUCUGCGGCUUCUUCGCAACUUGUGUCAAAUCAUUGCGCGUCGGCGGCAACCCUGCCAUGCUGCAGUCCAUGUCUUUCUGUGCCAUCAAAGCGCUUCAUGCCCUCCGGCCGGCGAUGACUUGGGUUAGUCUGAAAGCGGCCGUGGGGGUAAACGCCGUCGACUGCAUCUUUCUGGCAUUCCAUACCGACGACGUCACCCUUCAGACUGCCGCAACCGAAGCGCUAUACGCCCUCCUGAAUAGGCCAUACGGACAGCACUGGCACGACUCUUGGCUGUGCAUCUUUCAACAAGCUCUGCAGCCCGACGGCAUCUCCUUGAUCCGACAAAUCUUCGAACGCGCACAAAGCCCGCUUGGAGAGGACGACUACACGCUCCAGAAGAAGCUCUCCGAGGUUCUCAGCAUUCUGGCCGAGGCCAUCGCCCGUCACCCGGAGCUGGUCGACGCGAAGAUGGAUCUGCCUGCGUUCUUCGACCUCCUCUUGCAAGUGCUGCAGAGUAAGAGUCUCGUUGUUUCGAUUCCGGUCCUAUACUCGUGGACCAAGCUCAUGGGCGCGCGGGAUUCGAGAAUCACCGAUUACGUCUUCCAAGCUCUAGGACCGCUGGUGCAAAUCUGCAGCAGUAGACUUCUGCGAUAUGAAGCCAUCUCGGAAUCAGACGAGUCUGAAGACGAAGUGAUCCAAUUACUGAACGACGAUUUCGACACCACACCAGAACGACACGCGUUUCUGGGGAACUACAGACGAUACUGUGUUUCCAUCAUCCAGACUAUUGCCCGAGUGAGACCGAUGGAAGCACUGUCACAUGUUCUCGGACAGAUACGAGAUCUGCUGUACACCGGUCCAUACACCUUCGACCGUGGUUUUGAUAGUGAGAGGUACUCCAAGACGAGUUUACCGAGUCUGCAAUUUGAGGCGCAAUAUCAAUUGGCGGCCAACACCUUGAAAGGAUUUCAGCAGUGGCUGGCAGAUGUUGCCACUGUCGCGCCCGAAGACGAGCUACAUACGAAGGUCGAAGAGGAGAAGGCCGCGGCAUCAGACCUGCUUCGCCGAUGGAGUCACGACAUUGUCAACGCUCCCGUAGAUGACCCGGAGGUGGCGGAACUGAUAGUGCAGAUGGUGACUUUUGUUCUGCGCACAAUCAAGCCGGAGCCAGCGUCCGUCCUGGAGAUUGUGAUACGCCUGCUGGCGGUACAGCUCCAGGACCGACCGGCACACACUGCAUAUUCCGAUGCCAUCAAGUCUUUCGAAGCACUGAGGGUCAUUGAACUUCAGAAGCUCGCGUUGGCGUUCGCCGAUGAUCUUCUUGAAGUCUAUGGCGAGCUCGAAUCACGCUGCGAUGCGUUGGUACGGAAACACGCCGACGAUGCUCGCCUGGUUUGGGGUUACAAGGCUUUCCUCUUCAUGAUUGUCUACCGCGCGAAAGGAAUCGACAACAGCAUGCGCCUCGGUCGCUUGCAGCAGAUGCUCAGCCCGGUCUACGAGGCCUGGCAGGAGCCCUCGCUCAGUGCGUCCGUGACGACCUUGUCUAGCUUUUGCCAGAGUCUAGGUCUUGGAAAUCUACCUGACUUUUACCGGCGGAACCGGUUUGAUCAGAUCUCAGACUGGGCGACUCAGCAACUCGACGAUGCAGGGCAGGCGAGGCAGGCUGAGAUCCGUGCCAAGGGCGAUGCCCUACCGAUUCGAAUGACAAAGUCCAUGCUGGCUGCGACGAUCGAGAAGCUGGGGAGUGGCACCGAAGAAUUCGAAAUCGCUUGCCAGCUCUGGAGUGGCAUUAUCCCCGUGAUUCUGCCAAACCUCCUCCAGCUGCUUCGUCAUGCACAGGCCUUCCACAACAUGUCCAACUGGUCACAGCUGCCGGAGGAGCUGCAGAUGGUCAUCAAGCGUACGCUGCAAGAUCGCUUCUGGCAGUCGGGCAUCUCGAGUGAAAGCAAGGAUGAGUUUUAUGCUCGCAUCAGCGGGUCCAAGACGUCGUACGAAGGCUUUGCAAGCGCCGUUCGCGGGACGAUGAGGAACAUUCGCGAGCAAGGAUACCACAUGCUCUACCUCAUGACCAAGUUCGAAGAGCCGGUGUUCGGCAUCCCAGACCUCGCGCCAUCUCUGGCGGAGGCUCUCUUUGCUGAUGCCGACGCUCUAUCAGCGAACCAACUCCAUCCACUCAUCAACCUGAUGACUGGGAUUGUGCAGCGCUGUCCACCUCAUCAUCGCAAGCUCUUCCUCCCUCCGCUCCUCACUCAGCUCUUCCACAAGUUCGACAAGAAGAUCAGCAGUGAAUGGGAGGCGCUUGGUCAAGCGAGUCAUCAAAACGCUGAAGACGCCGAGUUGUCAGAAGAGAUGCGUGUGGAGAGCGUGUUGCGCCAUCUGACCUACUCGAUGGUCUCGUUCGUGACAUUCCUCCUCGAAUUCGACACGCCGCCUCAGCAGAGCAACGGCCAUGGGCCCGUCAAACCCAGUCGAGACAACAUGGUCCUAUCCGACCUCUCCAUCCUGGAACACCUGAUGCUCUUCUGCACGCACGCGCUGCGCAUGCGCGACACGAGAUGCUGCACGACCAUCUGUCGCGUCUUCCGCAGCAUCAUCCCGCUCUUCCAAUCCGACGACGCGCCCCCGGCACCACAGGUGCGCGACUUCAUCAGCACCGAAGUGCUAAAAGCGUGCAUCACCUCCCUCAACGAACCCUACUUCUCCGAUAUGCAGAAAGACCUCGCGGCCCUCAUUGCCCAGAUCCUUUCGCUCUACUCCCCCCGCACCAACAUCCCGCGCGACAUCUUGCUCUCUUUGCCCGCCAUGACGACGGCGAAGGUCGACAAGGCGCUGGGGAAGAUUGGCAAGGCGGCGAACGAGAGGCAGCAGCGUGCGCUCGUGCUCAACUUGCUGGAUGGCGUGCGGGGCGUGAGUAUCUACGAGGCGGGCAAGAUUGUGCCGCUGAGUGCGGCGGCGCCGAAGAAGUCGAAGGUGUUGCAGCAGUAUAUG